AUGUGUUGCAUUGUGCAGCACCGGCAGCACCGGCAGCUCUUGCUUCGGCAAGGCGACAGUAGCCGUGGCAAGUACAUUGACUUCUGCACCGUGGGAUACACGCUGCAGCUUUUCCUCAACGCCCCAGAGGAGUUCGGAGAGUACACGCACAUAGUCCUCGAUGAGGUGCACGAGCGAAGUGCAGAGAGCGACAUGCUGUGCCUUGUGGUUCGUCUUCUGGCGAAGCAUCGUUUUCCUGGCACGCGGCUCAUCAUCAUGUCUGCGACUUUGCAGUCCGACCUCUUUGCGCGGUAUUUCGGUGACAUCUGUAGCAUCCCCGUGGGCCGUGUUCACGUAGGCAGCCGGUGCUAUCCUGUGAAGGAGCACUAUCUGGAUGAGGUGACCAGGUCAUUGGGAAAGCGUCUCCGGUGCGAGGGCAUCGUCAACAGCCGUGUCAAGGACAUGUUUGGGGAUGGCAGAGAGAAGAAGGCGAAGAGGAUCGACCAAAGACACUGUGACAAGCUUCACCCCGUUAUCCUCGAGCUCUUGGAGGUCAUCGCCCAGCCGGCCAGCACCAUCUUGGUGUUCUUGCCUGGCAUCGCCGAGAUCUCCUCGCUUUGGCAGGAAGCGAAGUUCCUGGAAGACUCCAAUGCCUUCAAGAUCUUUCCCCUGCACUCCAUGGUGCCCCGCGAAGAGCAGGAGCUGGUCUUUGAGGAGCCCGAUCCCGACAUCACGCAUGUGGUCCUGGCCACGGACAUCGCGGAGUCGUCCAUUACCCUCCCCCACGCCCGGCGGCCCACAGAGAGGCCCACAGAGAGGCCCACGGAGAGGCCCACGGAGAGGGGCAGCCUAGAGUUUCCAGGGGUGCUGCCACAGCCAUUUCGGUUCAAUGUCGUGACCUGUUUUGCGGUUCCCUCCAGAAGCAUCCUGAAGCAGCUCGCCCCUUUGCGGGAUCCGUCUGACGAGUACUCGAGGGAGUGGGAAGACGACCUCUGGGAGGUGGAAGAAAUGCAAAACGAGCUUCGAGCCGACCACAGGGCGGCGCUCGACGAAGGCGCCGCUGCUGGACACCGGCCGCUCUUCCUGAUGUCCGUGCUGCAGCUCUUCCGGGAUGUUCAGGUGGGGACACCAGCCUACCCGGCCAUCAACGGCACUUACGUGGAUUGCACCUUCGGCCGAGGAGGCCACUCGCGAGCCCUACUCCGGGACCUGACACAGACCUCCAGGCUGUAUGCCUUGGAUGUCGACCGGCAGGCCAUCAAGGUCGCUCGGCGCGUGGCGAAGAUGGACCCUCGCCUGAUUGUGCACAAAACCUCCUACGCGCAGCUUGGGUCUGUGCUGGGCGGCGUGCAGGUGCAAGGCAUCCUUUUCAACGGCGGCUUCACCACCGACUCCAAGCUGGACCCACAGCGGGGCAUCAAGCGAGGACCCCUGGACCUCCGCUAUGAUGUUGAGGCUGGGAUCCCCUGCUCUGAGUGGCUCAGCACCGUGGGCUUCGAGGAGCUCUCCAAGCUGCUUUCAGACCACAGCCUCUUCGCGCCCGUGAUCUGCGAUCGCAUCGCAUGGGAGCUGCUCGCCGAGCAUCGGCGUUUGGGGGGCCUCACCUCCAUUUCGCAGAUCUUCGAUCUCACAGAGCGGCUGCUUCCGCAGCAGGACCUAGCCACCACAACGACCACGCGUCCGUCCAUGUCCUCGAUCUUGGCCGGCCUUAGGCGGAUUAUCAACAACGAGAAUGAGGAGCUGGACGCAGCUUUGCGUGCAGCGUUCGACUCCUUGGUGAUGGGUGGCCGCUGUUUGGUUGUCUGCCAGAGCUCAAUGGAGCGGAGAGUCGUCAACAAAGUGCUCUCUGAAUAUGACCAGCCUCCGAAGGGCACCGCUGUGGAUGUGGACGAGGAUCUCUUGUCCAGACUCUACCCCCUAGCAGGUAGCAGCUUCCCUUAUGCCAUGGGCAUGAGCUGUCGGAACAUCCGGCUGACGUCCCGAGAACAGCAGGACAACCCGGACGCGACCAACGCUGUAUGCAUGAUGGUGCUCGAGAAGCGGAAGAGGACCCGGCACGGCCCAGGCAUGGACCACGACCCUGCCAAGGGUAUCGCCUCACUGGCCACCAAGUGGAUCAGCAAGGCUGCGGCAACUCAGCGGAGUGGGCGCGCCGGACGGACUCAGCCGGGGAUCUGCCUGCGGCUCUACCCACGGCAGUUCCACGAGAAGUCCAUGCCAGACUUCGAGCCUCCUGAGUCGAUGUCUCUGUCGCUCGACCGGCUCUACCUGCAGGCCAAGCAGCUCUCUGAGCGCCUUGGCCGAAGCCUGGAGGGCCCUGGCGUGCCCCGGCAUGCAGCGCAGCUGCUGGCCCAGAUGCCGGAGGCUCCAGACUUGAAGAAUGUGGAGCUCGCCCGCGAGAAGAACGCUGAGCUGGGGGCCAUUUCGGAGUGUACGGAGGAAGCGUACAUCACAGCUCUGGGACGGCUGUGCUUGCAGCUUCCUCUGGACCUGAAGUUAUCCCGGCUUGUCUGGCUUGGUGCCCACUUCGGCCUGCUGGCGGACGCCGUGAUCCUGGCGUCGGUGCUGAGCUCCUUGGAUGCCUUCUCCAUGCCGAGCCCCCUCUUUAUGCGGGAGGAGCAUGACUUUGUCGAGCGCCUCCGCUCAGCGACGUCUGCCAGGCUGCUGUUCGAUGGCGGUGAGCUCUCUGAGCCUCUGAUGCACCGGCAGCUGUUCUUAGAAUGGCUGGCGGAGUUUCACAAGAAUCACUAUGUGUGGGGUGACAAAGACAAAAUUCUGUGGGCCAGAAGAAAGCAUACCUCCAACUUCUCUUUUCACUACUCCCUGUCACGCGGCAGGAUGGACCACAUGGUCGCACACGUUGUGGACUUGUCGCUCCGGGCACACCGAGCCACAGACCCAAAAUCCCGAGCCGAGCAGUCCCUGAGCGAGCUGCUGCGGGGCCUCGGCUACGUCAUCAACAAGAAGGGGGACCUGGCUGGCAUCGACUGGAAGGAUUGGAGGGCCUUCCGACAUGAGGAGGCCUUCGAAACCGACCCAAGGUUUCUGAAGGCUCUUCUGGCCGCAUCGUUUUCCGACAACCUGUUCAUAGGUGGCUACGGCAGCGUGCCGGCUCAGGUGGAAGCGGGUGCCGGCAAGGCCGCCAAGAAGGCAAAGCUUGAUCUGGAGGCACUGCAGAAGGAGAUGGAGAAGAACGAGUGUCCUCCCCGUGAGUCAUUGAUCAUCAACAAUGGCCACACAGAGGACCCCGACGGCUACGUGGAGUUCGUGUGCGGGACACGCCCAAAAGCGGCCAUUUCCCUGGAGCAGCCCAAAGAGGCUACCCUCGUGCACAUGGACGGCUUCAAGUCGGAGGCAAGCAGGUGGGCUGGCCUUGACUCUCGCGCCGAAGCGCCUCUGCUGGUGAGCCAAUCACGCUUGCCGGCAGAGUUUAACCUGCUGAGCCAGUUUGAGAAGCACAUGCAGGAGCUGCAAAGAGCGCGCAUAACAUCCGGCUGGACGUACAAGCCAGUCGCCGUACUGCAUCCGCACGUCCUAAAGUGGGAGUGGAUGCAGCCGCUGUACACAGCAAAAGGUCAGCCCGAACCUGAGGGGGCCUUGUGA